AUGCCAAGCCCCGCUCCCCACUUGGGUCUAGUCCCGAUGCACCUUCUCCCCAUCGGGUAUCAGAUCCCCCUCGUAGCCUUUCGGGCUGGACCUGGCAUGGGCAUGGAGGGCAUGGAUGGCAUGGAUGGCAUGGAUGGCAUCGAUCGCAUCAAGCCUUCAUUCACCCUCCACCCUUCACCCUUCACCGACGAGAGCGGGGUACCGUACUCUCUUACUCUGGACUCUGUCUCAAUUGAGUCAAUUGACUCGACUCCAUUGACUCAACUGACUGAUCGGUCCAUGGCAGCCCAAAUCAACCCCAACCCCAACCCCAACCCCAACCCCAGCCCACUCGCCCCCUCGCCCCCUCCCCCCCCUCGCCCCCUCGUGCACCCUGCGCCGGCACCCCCCUCCGUGAGCAUGUCGUGGACGUGGUGGUGUCGUGUGGCUGCCCUCCAUUGGGCUGCACGUCACGGGCGGAAGAGCCAGCCAGCCAAUCCCCUCCGCCAAUCCGUCCAUCGACAACGACAAGAACCCGAUCACAUUCCACGUGUUCGUGCUUCGGCUGUCCGCGGGACGCUCAUGGCCUCCAAAGCAAUUGAGUUGAGCCAAGUGGGGGGGCAGCAUCCUUGCCCUCCGGCCCACCGUCGUCAUCGUCAUACGAAGUACUACGUAUACUUGGUACACGACCGAGGAUACUCUGGAUGGUCGGGAGGUAUUCGCUUUCCAGACCUACUUAGUACUGUACCGUAG